GCAUUGACUCGUCCAAGCCGGCACGCGGCGCGCGCAUCCGAGCGCUCUGAAUUUUUCGCGCGAUCGCGAAAACUUUCCGAACGUAAAUCUUCGAUAAAAAAAACUUAUUAAAAAGAAAUUGUGCGCUCAUUUUCUACAGCGUCAUGCCGUGAACUUUUGUGAAAAAAAAACAAUUACCUACAGUUUUCCCGCCUUUUCCCGUGAAGUGAACUUUUUCGCCAGUGUAGUGAAAAGGAAUCAGUGCUGUUUCAAAAAAGGAGGGCUGUCAAAAUUGACAUUAGUGUUGUGAUUCUUCCCAGUUGGUGAUUUUUCUACUGUUUAUUGCAUUUUGAUGUGAUUUUCAGGCAUGAAAAACAUUUACUUAUAACAGUGAUGUGCCCAUGUCGAUGAAACCAGUGUUAGUGAUGUGCAGUGUCGAUAGCUAGUGAUGCCACAAUGUUGGAAUACGUAGCCGUUUUGCUCAUCGGAUUUUGGCUCGGAGUUGCCAUUUUCUUGUACGCGUCAUGCUACUGGCUGGAAGAGAUCUUUGAUCUACCACCCCCGCGCGACGCCCCAUCAAGCGCUUCACACGCCGCCCCGUCUAGCGGCGCGAGCGGCGCGCACUACCAACUCAAGCGCUUAGUGGCGCGCGUAGUAGAAGAGGCUGCAGCGCUUCCAGCGCUUGCGCGGUACGCGUCCGAGCCGGCCAACCCGCCGAGCUUAGAGUCGUCUACGUAUGAGGACUUGCUGGCCACUGCUAUUUUGAAUAAGGUCAUCGAAAGAUACCAGACGGAGAGCGGCUCCGGCGGGCGCAGCAGCGGCAUCCACUCCGCCAGCGCCAGCCCCACGCCCUCCGAGCGCUCCUCGCCGCGGUCUCUGCACUCCCGGCGCAAUAGGGACAUCUCGCCCCCUCUUCGCGAAGAGGAAGAUGUGUCAGACUGGGAGGAAGGAGAAGCGACUGAUGAUGCACUGGAACUGCCCAGACGAGUGCCGUUCCCCGAAUUCGGCGGAGACAUCGUGCAUCAUGACAACGCAGAACGCGAUUUCGACGAAGUAUCCGGCAGCGACAUCCAAGCUAUCGACGGCACAUGGGAAGAGAACUGGCUGUUCCAAAAGAAAAAGAUAAAGACACUCCAAUCAGUGCCAGUCCCCAUGCUAGUCCCCAACUCCAACACCGAGUACAGAGCGCUCAUCGGCGACCGCGAUGCCGACGACACCACCGACUUGUCCGACAACGCCAGCGACCAAGAAGAAGAACCGGACGAACAAUACAAAAGCGACAUCAAGAAAGUACUAGAUUCCAAACACGUCAUCGGCGGAAAACCCAAACACGACGACAUGGACUUUGAGCCAGACAGUCUAACCAUCAUUGACGGAGACGACUUCGAACAAUCUGGCACCGAACACGAAGACAAUGUAGCAGACGCCGUUAACGAACAACUGAACAAUAACAAGGUCAUCGACGCGAAAAUUAUACAUGCUAAUGAUGAUUAUGACAACAGUCAUGAUUCUAUUUUGAUCAUAGACAUAGAUAGCGGUCCGUUGCCAAAAACAGAGUUCUCCGUCAAAGAAGAAAUUCACAGAGCUAUUUUGAGUAGAAAACCUGAUAAGUGUUUUGACGAAGUCGAUGCAAAGAUUAAUGGAAACAGCUCGGAAGAUUUAUUAGACAGCUUAUCGAGUAAUAAAGGGUCAACAAACACUCUUAAUCGCCACGAACGUGUUGGGGAGUAUGAAGAAACUGUCACAGUUCCUGUUCAGAGAUAUGCCGACAGCUUACGAAGAAAACAUUUUGAUGAUGACACACAGCAAAUACCGACCCGAGACACCGAUAAAGAUGUCGACGAUUUAAUACCAGGUUCAAUCGCAUACCGCGAGCGUAAGAAGUGGUUGAACUACGUUGAAAUGCCAAACAAUCCUUAUUCUCCUGAAGCCAUUCAGAAACGUCUGUCAGCCAAAAGCACUUCAUCACUAUUCGACAUGAUUACCACGAAAACUAAAGAAAUAGAUGAUGAAAAUCCUAAACAAGCGACAGACGAAGAUGUUAACAAGAAUGUCACUGAAGACGAAAUCCCAGUUAAAGAAGAAGCUUCUCAGAAUAAACCAGCCUUGGUACUGAACGGUGAUGCUGUGCAUAUGAACGGCACGAGAUCAAAAAGUCCAUCACCUAAGAUACUUAAAGAUGUAUUAGCGGAGGAAGUUCCACAAUACAAACGAUACGGGAGAGAUUAUUACAUAAAAGAGGCGAAAGCGUCCUCCGGGGGUCGGAAGAAGACGAGUCUGAGCGACGCUAGCUCGCUGUCGUCGCUGAACAAGUCGGCCAGUUUAGACAAUUUCGAUACAGAGCUCGCUCCUGUAAGUGCCAGCAGCUCCCUGGGCGACCUCGAGGCGUGCGCGCUGCACCAGAACAUCGUGCGCGCCGUCCUCAGCCCCAGAAACGCGAGCCCCAACUUCGCCAUAAACCCCAUUUUCGAAAACCCCGACAAACACGAUAACGCUGAUGAGAAUCAUGCGACAGACACGCGUAAUGUCAGUCGAAACGCCAACGGAUCGCUCAUAAAACAAUUUAACGCCAUUGCGACGAACCAGCAGUACACCAAAUUUGCUGUUGACGAUCAGACAUACGACUCUAUAUCCACCAUGCCGAGGAACAAUGACACGAUUUUGAUAGAAUACGAAGACUUAAAUGAACACACACUAUUUUCUGCAAAACCCGCUUACGUGGACGAUGACGACACUGAUAAGAAAUUUGAAGAAAUCCUGCAAACUGCCUACAACACAAAUACACCUUCAUUGGACGUAGAGAAUAAAGAGAUGGAAGAACCUGCCAAAUCACCAACAAAUCUGAGCGUUGACAAUUCUUACAUAAGCUCUAGUAGUUUGGAAGACUCCAUUAAGAUCUACAAUGUACAAACAGGCGAGAUAGUGAGAUGUAAGCCCGAAGAUAACGUAUCGCCCAGAUACGAGGUAGUGACUGACACGAACGACAACAUCGAUAUACCAGAUAACAACGUUUUCGAAGAAGCCGGUGAGAAAUUCAGUCCAAAUAUCGAGUUGGUCGAAGAAUCAGUUAUAAUCGAGGAAAGUUUCGAUGAAGAUUUAUCGGAGAGGAACAGUGAAAUCGAUGACAUACUAGCUCAGUUGCCCAAAGUUAAGGAGUUGGCGAAGAAAUUUGUAAGCAUGGACAAUCUCAAUGAACCGGCCAAGCUACCUCAACCUUACUCAUACAUGCGGCGACGAAAAAGCAAAGAGAACAUCCUGAAUGGUGACUCCAAACCGAGCAAUAAGCAAGUGUACAUGCACAGCCUUACUGCCAGAAGCAUCUCGAAGGAAUUUAGGGAAGAACUGAAAUUGUCCAUGGCAACUCCCCUAACAGUUCCUGGAGGAUCCAAAGAAAUCCCUGAAGGUGAGGAGGUCACGAAGGAAUCCAGUCGACCCGGCAGCCCACUACCAGAACCUGGCACCAUUAAGUCUAAACUAGCGUUCUUCGAAAGUCUGAAAUCUAAGUUCAACAAUAAAUAGAUCUAGAAUGCUUCAUUAUAAAUCAGUAUUAUUUAUUCAACAAAUAAUUUUAGAUUUUCUACGAUUACGAUCUUCAGUAAUUUUCUAGUAAAUUUUUAAAAUUAAACGUGCCUUAUUUAGUGUAAUCUUAUCUUGUACUGGCCUAUCAACUGAGUCAUCAUAACUCAUCGCGUACUUUCCAAGAGCAAAUAAACUAAGCAAUGGUGUUGUUUUAUAUCCCACUAACAUUUUAAAUUUAAGUAAGUAAUAAAUGUUAUUUCUCAUAGAUCAAGAACCUCGGUUAGUUUAGAACUGGGUCUACAAGAAGUUUAUAAGAUCCAAUUUGACUUAUAAUAUUUAUGAAAAGAGCCAUUUUCCCCAGAAAACUACUUUGUGUACGAAGAGUUCGUGUCAAAAAUGCGUGAUUUUCAUUCAUUAGCGUUAAAAUAUCUUUCAUGUGAGUGGAACUACAGCUUGUUUAUCAACCUGUAAACAAGCUAUGGUAGUUAAGCCACUUGGUGUCAAUGUUUAUGACAAAAAAAGUUUUUUUAGAAUAAGCACUUAUUUCACGAAUCAUAAAAAGUGUGUACAUAAAUAGAUCGUUUAUGAUGUAAAUAUUUAGUGCCAUUUUUGUAAACAUUGUCACUUCACUAUUUAAGUCAUUAUUAUUAUAUUCGAAUGCCAAAGUUGUAAAUAAUCAUGAAUACAUUGGGUAAUUCUCUAGUGGUUGUGUCCAUAGUAAAAUUUAGGUAUCCUAGUGGUAGUUUAUAACGGUAAGACAUUGUGCUAAGUGCAAUAAUACAUUUUCCCUUGAAAAAUAUAGACCACUGCAAUCAUGUGAUAACGAUGUAGCUAGAAAGCGAGCUGUAGACAUACCAAUAAGCUUAAUGUGUAAGAGAAUAAGGGUUAUAAUGUAUAAAUAAAUUCUACAUGUAAACAAUAA